ACAUUUGCAAAAUGCAUCUCCAUUGGCGAAUGCUAAAUUAACAAGACUUCAAGCUCUAUAAUCUUUGCUUAACAGUGGUUGCAAUUGCAAUUACCAGACAGACACAUACCUGAUGAUGGAGAAAUCUGUGACUCCGACGAUUAUGGGAAAGGUUAGCAAACACAUACCUGAUGAUGUUUUAUUCUCCAUUCUAUCAAAACUGUCUUUAAAAUCUUUGAAGCGAUUUGAAUCUGUAUGUAAAUCAUGGUCAUUGUUAUUUGAAAACCCUUAUUUCAUGAGAAUCUACCAAGAUCAUAUCAUACAUAGAAAUCACUCUGAUCAUGAUGAUGCAUCUAUUAUCUUACGCCGUAUUGUACAAGCUCCUCGUGAAUUGCUGAUUUCUUUGUAUUUGGUUUAUGGUAACAACUUUGAAAAUAAGGUCAAAUUAGACACAUCACUUCCAUCUCAAGAGCUAGGUCAAAAAAUUAUAAUUGUGGGUUCUGUUAGUAUCAAUGGCAUUCUUUGUUUAACCAGUAUGGUUGUGGAAGAUAGAAAAGUUGUAUUGUGGAACCCUGCUACCGACGAAUUGAAGGUCAUUCCUCCUAGCCCUGUUGAGUCUGUUACCCCUUUUAGGGUUUUUUUACCGCAAAUUCAUGGAUUUGGUUAUGACGGUGUUAGGGAUGACUAUAAGGUGCUUCGAUAUGUACAAUUUGGUCAAAUAAGUGUUUUGGAUACUCUAGCUCGUGGUUUAUCAGAUGAACAUGUGGCAUGGAAUGAGAUAUCUUAUGAGCCUUUAUGGGAGAUAUAUAGUCUAAGAAGUAACUUGUGGAGGAAACUUGAUAUUAAAAUGCCUACGUUGAUGGUCUCUUUUGCUGAUGUAGAAAUUGUCCGAUUUUACAUGGAUGGAAUGUGCCACUGGUGGACUCAAACAUCAUGGAGUGAUGAUAUUGAUGAAGCAAGUGAAUCAUAUUUGGUGUCAUUUGAUGUGAGUAAUGAGGUGUUUUUUACAACACCCAUGCCUGAUGAUAGUUUUGAUCUUGGAUUGGUGGAGAGUCAUUUGGUGAUGUUGAAUGGGUACAUUGCUUUGAUCUCAUAUUAUGGGGAGACGGCUACUUUUUACAUAUCAAUUUUAGGCGAAAUUGGUGUGAAGGAAUCGUGGACUAAACUCUUUAUUGUUGGGUCCCUGUCUACUGUUGAGCGUCCCAUUGGAGCGGGGAAAAAAGGAAAUAUACUUUUCUUGACAAAAGAUGACGAACUGGUUUGCUUUGAUUUGGGUACCCAGAAGAUUGUUGAGCUUGGCUUCGAAGGAGAUAUGUGUCAAAUGGGAUGAAAUUUUCUUAGCCGAUUGUAGCCAGAUCUUUUUAAUGAAACAAGGAAGUAACGUAACACAAAGUACAGAUAGAUUACCAAAUUGGUUUCUUUGGGUUGACUAUUGGUACAAUAGAUAGAUUACUGUUAUGUUAUUCGGCUGUCAAUUGAGGUUUAAUGAGAAUUUGUCCCCUAAAAUAUAUGACUGUUGAAGGUUUUCAGUAAAAAGGAGUAUUUGUAUACAUUCUGCAGAGUAUCAUUAGUAUUUUACUUGGGUCUUGUUUGGCCGGCAGCCUCUCAACUACUUGAAUUGUUG